AUGCCUCUUUCUCGAACUCGGUCUCUCAUUGCAAACAUAAACGGCAGCACGCCAAACGACUCUUUCCUACCGCAAAUCAACGACAAGUCCUGUACGAACAUUAACGGUGCCAUAAACAGCAACAUGCUUCUGCCUCCCAUCACAAAGACGACCACCUUUUCGGCUUUCAACAAGUUCACCUCCAACGGCUUCAGUCACGGCCACCACGACCCGUCGGCGAACAACGGGGACAACGGUGCGAUGGCCAAGUGGCCGUACCAGGCGGACCAGCAGAACGGCAACGAUGUAGUGAGCUUGCCUCGGGCCUCGGUCGGCAGCGGCUGCGGCGCCAACUCCGAAGCUAGUCCCUCAUCGGGCUCCAUGUCGAAUGAGGAGUCCUCCAACGACAAGCCCAGCUCGAGCAAUGGUGCGCUCAACGGUGUGCCCUCGAAUAACAGUGCCAGCAGUGCGAACUCCUCCUCCAAACUCACCUCCGCCUCCAAGUCGAAGCCGCUGGUGGUCACGCCGGAGCAAGUGAUGAAACUCUAUUCAUAUAAGCUGACGCCCUUUGAGCACCGGGAGAUCUUCCACUACUCGGAGCUGUACUUUAUCGGCGCCAACGCCAUCAAGCGGAUGGGCAUCAACGGCGGGGCGAACAACAACGACUACGAUGACGAGCAGGGAUCGUACAUCUUUGUGCCCCAUGACCACAUUGCCUACCGCUACGAGAUGCUCAAAGUCAUCGGCAAGGGCAGCUUCGGCCAGGUGAUCAAGGUCUACGACCACAAAACGCAGGAGCACGUGGCGCUGAAGAUUGUGCGCAAUGAGAAGCGCUUCCACCGACAGGCCCAGGAGGAGAUUCGCAUUCUGCAGCACCUGAAGAAGCAGGACAAGGACAACACCAUGAACAUUAUUCACAUGGACGAGCACUUUAUCUUCCGCAUGCACAUGUGCAUCACCUUUGAGCUGCUCAGCGUCAAUCUCUAUGAGCUUAUCAAGAAGAACCACUUUCAGGGGUUCAGCAUACAGCUCAUUCGACGAUUCGCCUACUCCAUUCUGCGCUGCCUCGAGGCCCUCUACAACAACAAGAUCAUCCAUUGUGAUCUCAAACCGGAGAACGUCCUGCUGAAGCAGCAGGGCAGAAGUGGCAUCAAAGUGAUCGACUUUGGGUCGUCCUGCUUCGAGCACCAGCGCAUCUACACCUACAUCCAGUCACGCUUCUACCGCGCCCCCGAGGUCAUCCUCGGCGCCUCCUACGGCAUGCCCAUCGACAUGUGGAGUCUGGGCUGCAUACUGGCCGAACUGGCCACCGGGUACCCCCUGCUGCCUGGCGAGAACGAGACCGACCAGCUCUCCUGCAUCAUCGAGCUGCUGGGCAUGCCGCCGGACAGGCUCUUUGACGAGCGAAAGUGCAAGCGGCUGAAGAUCUUCUUCAACUCCAAGGGCUACCCGCGCUACUGCUACACCAAAGUUCUCUCCGACGGGAAGGUGGUGCUGGAGGGCAGUCGAACUUCGCGCGGAAAGAUGCGCGGCGCCCCCAAGACCAAGGACUGGUCGACGGCGCUGAAGGGCUGCGACGACGAGUGCUUCAUCGACUUUAUCCAGAAGUGUCUGGAGUGGGAUCCCCAGCGGCGCAUGACCCCGCACUCUGCCCUUCGCCACUCGUGGCUCACCCGGCGCCGCCUGCCGCGCCUGCCUCAGAAUGGCGCCGAGAACGCCAACAGCGUCAGCGAGACCUCGCCUGUGCACCACCACUCAUCACAACUGCACCACAACAGUCAUCAAGCGCUCGCCAACGGUCAUCAUGUGAAUGGCGUCGCCGCCAACGCAAGCGUUCAGAAUGGCAACCUGCUGCCGGCGGCAGCGGCGGCGGCGGCAGCUCAGCGAACAGUCGUCAACUCGUACAGCCAGCGCUACAACGGCGAGGGGGCCAACAACGGCACCGCUGCGGCCGCCAACGGGGGCGCCUUCCUCGCCCGGAUCUGGGACCCGAGCAGUCCCGAGUCAAAGACGGACAACAGCAAUGCCUUCAGCAAGUACUACAAGUCGAACGGACUGGCGAACGGGGGCGGCGGCGGCGGCAACGGCGCCAAGGACGCCUCCUCCGUCUGGCGGAAGGACUCGCUGAAUGGCGGCGUCAAUGGGAAGAUGCUGAACGGCAAGGAGAAGGACGCACUGUCGGUGACCAACAGCACCUCGGACGUGCGAGCGCUCUCUAACGACCUGUACCUCUCAAUAAUUGGCCGCUCCUACAACCGCUGA